UUUUUUUUUGGUUUUUUUUUUGAUUUUCUUUUCCUCGGCCUUUUUCCUUCAUUCCUCUCCAUUAUAGAUCUCUUGGAACAUUACUUUUGACAUUGUAGCAACAAACAAUAAGUAGCAACUAUCAAAUGCUAGACGGGGCCACUACCAACAAUUAUACUUGGAUAUUGUUAGUUGGUAUGGUUGUAUUCUUCUUUGUAAUUUUCAUACUGUUAUGCUUUACGAAAGCAAGCGGAGAAAGAUUAUUUUAUUCUGGAGAAGAUAGCUUCUAUGAAGAUACGAAUUACAUAGUGGAGACGCCGGCUUUAUUAGCAACAUUAUCUGAAGAUGCACGCAUAAGUUACGAACAAGCGAAAUUAUUUCAACAACGACAUCCUCCUGACAGCAUACCCACAGACAUAACAUUAUCACAAUACGUUUCCAUACAGGAAAAAGGUGUAUCAGCUUUUGAGUUUGAAUGGGAAAUGGAGACACAAAGUUUUGUAUCUGCAAGAACCGAAAUCCAAUUCUUUUCUGGUGAGAGUUGUGUACAGACGAACUUGCCCUUACCCAAAAAUCAAGAAGUCUAUUAUUGGGAAGCAAAAAUGUUCGAAAAGCCAUUGUCUACAGUUGUAUCAGUGGGUGUAGCUACGAAACCAUAUCCUUAUUGGCGAUUACCAGGUUGGAAUAACUAUUCCAUUGGCUAUUUUAGUAAUACAGGCCAUAAGCACUUCAACAAUCCCUUUAUUGGCAAACCGUAUGGCUAUCCUUAUGAGGAGGGAGACGUAAUUGGUGUAGGUUACCGUCAUCGCACAGGAACCGUAUUCUUUACAAAAAAUGGAAGGAAAUUAGAUGAAGCCUGUUUUGGCUUGAGAUACAACCUAUUUCCAACCAUUGGUGCCAAUGGACCAUGCCAAGUUCAUGUCAACUUUGGACAAAUGGGAUUUGUGUUUGUGGAAGCUAAUGUAAAAAAAUGGGGAUUGGCACCUGUGCAAGGAACAUUAGCUCCUCCACCUGCUUAUGGUUUUGAGGCUGGAUCCUUAUUAUUAGAAACAGGAAGUGCUGCACUGACCAAUUCUGCUGAUGGAGGAAGAACGCCGUACAAUGGACAUAACCAUAGCACAUUUGUAGGAGAAACUAGUUAUCUAUUGAGCGGUAGAGGAACGAGAAAUCAACAUAGUAUAAGGAGCUAUCAAUCUACUAACCUGCAACAUCAACAAAUAUUAUCAUCGUUCGUACAACUCAGGAACACUGCCAGUCUUUGCGAUGAUACUAAUAACAGCGAUGAUGAUGACGAUGAUACGCCAUUGAUACAUCAUGUUCGCAGACAGACUGCAACAAGCCCUACUGCGAUAGCAAUUCCGUCAGAUCCGCAAGAAGGCAUUACGCCAUAUUAUUCACCUCCAUCCUAUUCAACUCUCCCAAGAAUAACUUCUUACAUGAAAAGACACCAUUACUUCUAAAGGAUUCUUUUUCACCUUUUUGAACUGCAUUAUUCAGAUACCAAUAUCUAUUUAUUACUCACCAUAUCUUCGACGUAUUUCUUGUCACAAUAUAUCCAAGCUUAAAGGACUGUACGCUUUGUAAACCAGAAAAAUAACAUAUGCACAGAAUGGACUCACUUCCCAAUGCUUGCAUUAAACAGUGACUUUUAAGUGUUUCCGAUCAACCAUACCCAAGAGAACAAAACUCCUAUUGUAGAUGAUCGUUAUACAUCACGUUAUGUUCCGGAACAAUUCAUAUUUAGGAAAGCAGUGAGGUCUAUCCACAAUAGCUUUGUGUUUUUCUGCAGAAUUAUACCUCUUUUUCAAUAUAUGAUAAAUGUUCUCUCCUCUCCUGAUCUGUUGAAUUUCACCUUACUUUAAAAAUGACGGAGA